GUCUCAUCGGCGCAAUAAACCGCAGGAAAGAAAACCCCAAAGCUGCCGGAGAUCGCAAUUCUCAGGUCUGAAUCUGCGCGUCGUCUUCUUCCCCAGCACAGCACAGCACGGAGCGGGGUGAGGGUGGGAGCGAGCUCGCGGUGAAGGAAGGAUGCCGAAGGCCGCGGGGGAUGCCAAGCUCCUGAUCCAGUCCCUCAACAAGGCCUACGCCGCCACGCCCACGAAUCUCAAGAUCAUUGACCUGUACGUGGUUUUCGCCGUGGCCACUGCCCUGGUUCAGGUUGUUUACAUGGGAAUAGUUGGGUCAUUCCCCUUCAACUCUUUCCUGUCUGGUGUCCUGUCGUCCAUUGGAACUGCAGUGCUUGGUGUUUGCCUCCGUAUUCAAGUCAACAAGGACAACAAGGAAUUCAAGGAUCUCCCCCCGGAGAGGGCCUUUGCUGAUUUCGUCCUGUGUAAUCUGGUGCUCCACCUGGUGAUCAUGAACUUCCUUGGAUGAGCAACUGUGCUCCAAGUUGUCAAGAUUUUGUAGUGUCCUAAUGUCUGAGACUGUCAUCGUGUUAGAUAUUAAUGUGGUACACACCUAUGUAAUCUGAGAGUUCCUCUAUGAACUAUAAGAUUUCAGUGGAUUUAGCAUUAACUUUGUGCGACAUGAGAACUUAUUUGAGGGAGUGAAGACUGGGAAAAGUGAUCGCUUAAA